AUGCAAGACCUCUUUUGGGUGAAUCUCUGUCAACCGAUCCCGCUCAUAGCAACUCACCACGAAUGCGACUCGAUUGUCACAGAAUCCACGCUUCGAAUUCGAGAAUGCUUGACACGCUUGACCACCUUGCUUGAAGAACGCUCAUUCGCACUCUUGAAAUGCGCUCAAUUUGACACAGCCUUGCGCGACACGAAUGCCAUUCUCAAACUUGAUCCGACAUUGGCUCUUGGUUACCUGCUGAAAGGGAAGCUGUACUCGUAUCAUGGCCAACAACGAAAGGCGAUCCAGGUGUUUGACCAAGGUCUUACUAUGGCAGGUGGAAUGGAUGAUGAUGAACAGCAACAUUAUCAGCAGCUAUUGAAGGCUAGAGCAGAUGCAGAGAUGAUGCAGCAAAAGGGUAUGGAUUUCAUCAGCAAGUUACCAUUGGAUGUUGUAUCGACCAGCAUUGUACCUUUGUUGAUGGAUGAUGUGAUUUGGAGCCAAAGAAAGCCAUGUCCAUACCUGCAAGUAUCGAGGAGUUGGCGUGAUCGAUUUGGUCGUGGCAAACUGUGUUAUCAUAUUUAUGGCAGCAACCCGUCUCCAACUCAGGUUGUUUCCUUAUCCAACAGCGUUCAAUCUUUGGUGAUUGACAAUUACAAUCCACAAGUUGGCUUUCAUUUUUCGCGCCAGCUGAGUGCUCUACGGCGUUUGUGGAUUUCAGGCAUUUCACCACGCAAUCAAUCGUAUUUCCUGGUUUCUCUAAGCAGAAUCGGUACAUCUUUGGGUGACUUGGAGAUUUCAUUGACACAAGGAACCAUGUUGAAUGUAGGGGAUAUCAUGGCACAAUGUCCUCACCUUUCAAGGUUGAUUACCUACGGGGUGGCGAACGGCGAUUUGAUAUCAACAUUACAUCCAUAUCCACACUUUACGCAACCUAUAUCAUCCCUUGUCAGCCUUGAACUCCGUGCAUUACGUACUCCAGUGAACCAUCAAUACGCGAUUUCAUUGCUUCAGUAUUAUCCUUCAUUGCAAUCACUCGUCCUGUAUCCAUGUCGUGAUUCUCGCUUCCUCCAAAUGAUAUACCAACAUUGUUCUUCCUUGCAGCAUCUGGUAAUCAGUACGCAGUCGAGAAUGACAAUACUUCCACAACCAUUACAGCACCAAGACAAUCAACAUGGACUACGAUCCUUGUGUAUUCAAGAUGAAAAUGGACAAUAUUACAACAUGGAAGACAUUCGACAAUGCAUGAUGACCCACAGUCUUACACUUGAAUCAGUCACCAUCAUGGUUGGCACGAGGCGUGAGGAUCUAGAUCCACCACCAGCAGUACAAUUUCCACGACUACGACAUCUACAUUGUUCAUUGGGUACAUCGGGUGGACCCCCAUUAUUUGGUUGGUGGAUACCUUAUCAUGCACCGAACUUGGAACAUGUGGUUUUGAAAAACACAUUUUGGCGAUCCCCCGAGCUUCUUGAAGCCCUUUGCAACAUGUCACAGAUUCGAUCCCUCGCACUGCAUGCUACUCAUGGUGCCAUUCCACCUCUUUUACGAUUGAUCGAAGCUAUGGGACGUCAUGGAUGCCUUGAGGAACUCGUUCUUUCUACUGAAUCACCCUUCAUCACGUACACUACGAUGAUACACGCGAUCGGCAAAUUGACACAUCUCAAACGCUUGACGCUUGGAAAAGGGAUGAUACCAUCCAAGCUUGAGGAAUCCAAUUAUAUGAUGUUCCACCUUGUUACCCAUUGCCACCAUUUGUGUGAAUUAGACAUUCAAGCCCGUAUGCAAAAUCUCGAUAUGUAUUUGCUGGUUCUAUCUACAUUGGACCAUCUUGAACGUAUUGCAUUCCUUGGUGUGGACGUUUCUACUUCUGGUAUUAAGGCUUUAGCGAGAUUUUCUCGGUUACGGCAUCUCACCCUUUAUGGAUUCGAGCAGCCAGAAUUGCAGCAUGAGCUGGAGCGAUUACAACAAACCCAUCCAAUGUUGAACAUAUCAUGGCGUUAUCUUUGA